CAAAGGGGUCCUAAUCUUUGAUGUCCUCAAAGACCAGCUAGACAUUUAUUAUGAUCUAACUAAUCCAAUACAAAAGAUUAGAAUUAAAAUUUGAAAAUUGUCUCUAAAUUAUAAUACAAUUUUCUUGUUUACGAGGGAAAUUAAAAAAUUGAGUAGAGAAAAACCAAACAUAAUUAAACCUUCUUGAAUCGAAAAUCCCACCAGCCAUUUUUGCUACUUUUGUUGACUGUUCUUUGUCUCUGUUUACCUGAAACAGAAACUUCUUUUUUUCUCUCUUCAUUUGUUUGUUUCCCCCUCUUUUCAAAAACCCUAAUCUUGCUUGUUUAAGACAUUGUUGAUCUGGUGCAAAUGUGGGGUUUACGCUUCAGUAUUUUGUGAAGAAUGAACAAUCUGGAAUCUUAAUAUUCGUAAGUUUAUGUAAAGGGUGCUGUGACCUGUGAAUGAGAUGGCAUCUGAGGGAAAACGUUCGAAGGGACGCUUUCUUUACUUGUUCGAUUGGAAUGCUAAAUCCCGGAAAAAGUUAUUCAUGAACAAGUCUGAAUCAUUUGAUGUAGAAAGUUCUAGCAAUGGGAAGGAAAGUGGUGACAAUUCGGCAAUUUCUCCGUAUCUCUUGAGGGAGCUGUCUGAGAACGGUGACCAUUCAUCUUUCAGAGGAAGUGGCAACUAUAGUUGUGCAUCAUCUAUAAACGGGGAUGAUGGCUAUGGGACAAGAGCCCCAGGGGUGGUUGCGCGGCUUAUGGGAUUGGACACUAUGCCUUCCACAAGUUCAUGUGAGGCAAGUCUGUUUGCCUCUUAUGAACCUCAUGCUAUUGAGAGUUCUUAUUAUUCUAGAUGUGCUGCUCCGUUUGAUCUUGAGAACCAUCAUAUGGUCAGCUAUGCACCUAACAAAAUGGAGGGUUUCUCAUGGAAUUCUACAGAUUCAAGAAUGGGUAAGGUUCAUGGUCGUCCACUUGAUAGAUUUCAGACUGAGGUAUUGCCUCCAAAGUCUGCCAAACCUAUUUCAAUUACUCACCAUAAGCUCCUAUCUCCAAUCAAGAGUCCGGGGUUUGUACCUACAAAAGAUGCAGCAUACAUAAUGGAGGCAGCUGCAAGAAUCAUUGAUCCUGCACCUCAGCCAACUUUGAGAACCAAACUCUCAUCUCUGGGCUCUCCUUCAUCAUCAUCGUUCAGGAUCCAAGAUAUGAAAGACAAAGUGUAUGCUGCACAGAAGUCAUCCAGACUGUCUGAGUCCUCGAAGACUCCAAUAGUAUCUGCUCCCGUACAGCAAGAAAGAGCAAGAACAUCUGAUAGGUCUAGUCGAAGGUCUCUGUUCAAAAAUAUUAUGAGUUCACAAGCAAGCAGCUCACUGAAAGUGAAAAGCAAAGGUAAAACAAUUCCUUCAGCUUCCCACGGUAAAACCAAUGCACAGAAAACAGAUGGCUCACUGUAUAGUGAUAGUAGGAGUCAGCAGCAGAAGGAGCGUAAGAAGCUAAAACAAAAGGAGCCAAUUACGCAAAAGGGUGGUCCAAGUGGAACUCCUAGGAAAAAGAGCUCGGGUGUGCUUAGGCAGAACAAUGAGAAGCAGAAUAGUGUCUCCCAUGUAGAUCAAUCAACUGCAAAAUGUUCAGUAUCGGAUCAGCAACCUAGAAAAUCUUCUCAUGGGCGUAAUCGUGCUGGUCCAAGUAAAAUCGUUAGUAAAGUUUUUGUGAAUCCCGAGAAUGGCUCAAAGAACGUUGUAACAACAAGUGUAAUUGAUCGAAAAUCUCCACAGAAUGGUGUUAGUGACAGGAGACCUCCACUGUGUGGGGCUAGUGAAAGGAGACCUCAACUGAAUGGGUUUAGUGAUAAGAGGCCUUCACUGAAUAGAAUGAAAAACAUCUCAAGAGGCAAGCAGCUUUCUGGCAAGAAUAACCAGAUAGGGGAGAAAAUUAUGGAUAGUUACGAUGAAAGAACUGCACAACAUGAUUUAGCACUUCAAGGAACUUCUAGAAAGGACAUGGAUGUUAUUUCUUUUACUUUUACUUCUCCCAUCAAAAAAACCGAAUCUCAGUCCUCAUCAUCUACUAUUGAAAUCACUAAAAGCAAUCAUCGUGAUAAUGUUCAAUUUGCUUCAAGUUUUUCAUCACCAUCUCGAGGGUUGAAAUUGAUUGAUAGUGGCUCUUUAAGCCUUCUUUUGGAGCAAAAGCUCAUGGAAUUAACUAACAAAAUUGGGUCAACCAAAUCUGAUUUGGUGGUGGAAAACCCUGAUACCAACACUGUCUCACGACUGUCUGAAUCAAUUCCAUCGCAUGAUGUUGUUGUCCCUUCUCUAAUGGAUUAUGAUUACUGUUUCGAUAGAGAUGAAACAAGUGCUACAUGUGAUGAUGAUUGGUCUUCUAUGCAGACUAAAUCAAGCCAGAAUUGGGAGGAUUUUGAUGGUAUGGAAGAGCAGGGUGCUAGCAGCACUAACAGGUUCGAAACCUGUGGAGAAUCUGAUAUUGGGCACCUUAACAUCUCACUUCCAAACUGUUCAACGUCGGGAAGUUGGAUGGCAUCUACUACUACAAGCAAGGUCACUCAUGAAAUUGACGAGCCUUCAUCGCCUCAAUCUCAGGAAGUCACAAGUUGCAUCUCUAGUGAAAGUUUCCAUCCAAGAGAAGACGAGUCAGAUUUCACCGAUGUGUCAUCAUACUGGGAACUAGAAUACGUUAGACACAUGCUUCAUUAUGCUGGACUGAAUAGAUUAAGGUUGGAUGAGAAUGAGAAACACAUAGAUCCCGGUCUUUUUGAUCUCAUGGAAAAUCUGAUUAAUACAUCUAGCACCAGAAAUACAGAACUGUGCUCCAAGCUGGAACGGAAAAUCUUAUUCGACUGUGUUUCCGAAAGUGUUAACGCAAAAUAUCAACGAGCUUUUUCUGGGAGCUACAAAUCCUGGGUUAAAUGGGGAAUGCUGCUACAAAACGAAUGGUUAACUGAGGAAGUGUAUAAGGAGAUUUUGUGUUGGCAAAAUAUGGGAAACUUAAUGGUGGACGAGCUUGUGGACUGUGAUAUGAGUACUCAGCAAGGAAGGUGGCUCGACUUUGAAAUGGAAUCGGUAGAGGAAGGUACAGAUAUUGAGAAGAUUAUCGUUGAAUCCUUGAUCGAUGAGCUCGUUGCUGAUCUAACUGUAUAAUCACUUAGAAUCAUAAAUUAAUCUCGUUAACCCAUCUAAACUAAUUGUAUAAUGUUAAGAUUUACGAACAAGAGAUCAUUGAGUUGAUCAAGAUAUUUCCUAAUCGUAAUGUGUUGGAUGAAUUAUUCUUUUGAAAGAAAUUUGUCGCUACAAA